UUUUGUUUUUGUUUUAAUUUUUGUGGAAUCGAAUUAGAGCAAAAGAGUGUGUCCAUAGCUGAGAAAAAAACCCUAAAUCUCUUCUUCGUCUUCUCCGAAUCAGCAAGUAUGAGUCGUUCAGGUCAGCCUCCGGAUCUCAAGAAGUAUAUGGACAAGAAACUCCAAAUUAAGCUUAAUGCCAACCGAACGGUAGUUGGAACUCUACGUGGGUUUGAUCAGUUCAUGAAUCUUGUUGUGGAUAACACUGUUGCAGUCAAUGGUGAUGACAAGACUGACAUUGGGAUGGUGGUGAUUAGAGGAAACAGCAUUGUCACUGUUGAGGCUCUUGAACCAGUUGGCAGAUCUUAGCCUUUGAUUACUUUACUUUACACCACCAGUAUUCAAUCAUCUUCUGUAAUAUGACUUUUGACUUAGUUUGCUCUCUGUACUUAGCAUCUAUGAAUCUUGAAGAAGUUUAAUUUGAUGAAUUCAACUUCUUUGACUCCUUCACUUCUAUUGUUAUGCUCUGAAGUUUUUUUGUAACCCUUGAUUAGAUGGAUACAGGCAAA